UGUUUUUUCUCACCUCUCACUCCUUCCAUUUCCACUCUCAAAUGGCACCGCCAACAGUCGUUCUCUCUCUCCUCUCCCUCUUUUUCCUCUCCGUCUCUCUCUCCGCCGCUCUCUCCGCCUCCCCUGCCGCCGUACCUAACCCGGAAAUCGUUGUAGAAGAAGUACACAGAUCCAUAAUCAAUGCGACGAAGAGGAGAAAUUUGGGGUAUCUCUCAUGUGGGACCGGAAAUCCCAUCGACGAUUGCUGGCGGUGCGACCCGAAUUGGGAGAAAAAUCGACAGAGACUAGCUGACUGUGGAAUCGGCUUUGGAAAAAACGCCAUCGGCGGUCGUGACGGCCGAAUCUACGUCGUCACCGACGCCGGCGACGAUGACCCUGUCAACCCCAAACCAGGAACUCUCCGUUACGCCGUCAUCCAAGACGAACCCCUCUGGAUCACCUUCGCUCGCGACAUGGUCAUUCGAUUAAAAGAGGAACUAAUCAUGAACUCCUUCAAAACCAUCGACGGCCGUGGUGCGAGCGUCCACAUCGCCGGCGGCCCCUGCAUUACGAUUCAAUACGUAACAAACAUCAUAAUCCACGGUCUCAACAUUCACGACUGUAAACCAGGGGGAAACACCGACGUUCGAGAUUCCCCUCGGCAUUUCGGAUUCAGAACCAUAUCGGACGGCGACGGCGUUUCAAUCUUCGGUGGUAGCCAUGUUUGGGUCGAUCAUUGCUCUUUAUCAAACUGUAACGAUGGUUUAAUCGACGCGAUUCAUGGGUCCACAGCCAUCACGAUUUCAAACAAUUACAUGACGCAUCACGAUAAAGUGAUGCUAUUAGGCCACAGCGAUUCGUACACACAAGACAAGAAUAUGCAAGUCACCAUAGCUUUCAACCACUUCGGCGAAGGGCUUGUUCAAAGAAUGCCCAGAUGCCGACAUGGGUACUUCCAUGUAGUGAACAAUGACUACACGCAUUGGGAAAUGUACGCCAUCGGAGGUAGCGCCGCGCCGACCAUCAACAGUCAGGGGAACAGAUUCGUUGCACCAAAUGACAGAUUCAGCAAAGAAGUGACGAAAUACGAGGAUGCACCGGAGAGUGAAUGGAAGAAUUGGAACUGGCGGUCGGUUGGGGAUCUGAUGGUAAACGGUGCGUUUUUCACAGCCUCCGGCGCCGAAUCGUCGUCCAGCUACGCCAGAGCGUCGAGCUUAGGGGCGCGGCCGUCGUCUCUUGUCGGAACAAUCACGACGAAUGCGGGUGCACUGAGCUGCAGAAAGGGCUCCCGCUGCUGAUUAUUGCACUGAGCGAAUUGUUGUAUCUUUUUUUCUUUUUUUUAUUUUUAUUUUGGGGGUGUUUUUAUAAUUAUUACAAUUUACAACCUCUGUAUGUAAUUCUUGGAACUAUUGGGGGCUUCCUUUUAAGAACCUGAAUGGUCUCCGGUCAAAUCAAAUGCAGAAGAGUUGAUAUUUGAUAUAGUAA